AGCGGAGUCGUGGACUUAUUUGACUGGUCUGACACGGUUCGAGCCAAAUUCAGAAACGCUUCCGUCUUCGUCUUCCCUUCCAAUUCUGUUUCUUGAAUCACAAUCGAUUCUCCAAGAUUAUUUGUUUAAUCUCUUCUUUUCCCCCCUAAGUUGAUGAUCAAUGGCGAAGAAGAGGGAACAAAGAGAGGUGAGCACGAUCAUGGAUGGGGUCAUAGAGGCUAUGCCUCAAUACGCUAAGGAGCUGGUCGCCGGCGGGGUUGCCGGUGGAAUUGCGAAGACCGUCGUUGCUCCACUUGAGCGUGUCAAGAUUUUAUUCCAGACCAGAAGAGCAGAGUAUCAAAGCAUAGGAUUAUUUGGAUCUAUNCUUCUGAAGCCCCCCCCCCGCAAAUGACAUAUUGGUGGAUUUUAUCACAGAGGCAAUGGUGCUAGUGUCGCUCGGAUUGUUCCUUAUGCAGCGCUGCAUUACAUGGCUUAUGAACAAUAUCGAAGAUGGAUUAUCCUUUCUUUUCCAAAUUUUGAUAGAGGCCCCGUACUUGAUCUUUUGGCAGGAUCAUUUGCUGGAGGAACUGCAGUGAUUUUUACUUAUCCUCUGGACUUGGUUCGGACUAAGUUAGCUUUCCAGGUUGUCGGUCCGUCAAAGUCGAGUAUUCAUGAACUAGUAAGCCCUGAGCAUGUAUAUAAAGGGAUUUCUGACUGUUUCUCAAAAACUUUUAAAGAAGCUGGACUUAGAGGUCUCUAUCGUGGUGUUGCCCCAUCACUUUACGGGAUUUUUCCAUAUGCUGGUUUGAAGUUCUACUUCUAUGAAGAAAUGAAGCGACAUGUACCAGAGGAACACAAGAAAAAUAUUAUGGUCAAGCUGGUAUGCGGGUCGGUUGCAGGCCUGUUAGGUCAGACCUUUACAUACCCUCUUGAUGUGGUUAGGAGGCAAAUGCAGGUCCAACGCGUACUAGCGUCCACGAAUGCGGAGAUGAUGGGAACAUUUGAAACCCUUGCUUUGAUAGCUAGAAAGCAAGGUAUUAAACAGUUGUUUUCAGGCUUAAGCAUCAACUACUUGAAGGUUGUACCAUCAGUAGCAAUUGGGUUUACGGUUUAUGAUGUAAUGAAAACAUACCUAAGAGUUCCAUCCCGAGACGAAGCUGUGGUAGAAGUGGUAACAAAUAAAAGAAACAUCCAAUCAUCCUCUCUUAAUACAUAACAAGUAUUCUUUCUUUCCCAUUCAAAACAAUGGCAUAUUCUAGUAUUAGAAUCCAUCACGUUAGCCUUGAGAUUAUUUGUAUAUGCAUUCUUUCAGUCUGUUUAGAGCACAUGCUAGUUACAAGAAAAUCUAUGAAGGAAUACCGUUAAGGCCGAAACAUUUGUUAUUCAGAUGUCUCCAAAAAGUAGUAACUGUCAUAAAUGUAGAAUUAGCACAAGGUGUACAUAUAGCUGGAUGUCUUGUGUAAAGAUUUAUGUUUUGAUUGAAGGUAACUUCUAGUAUAUACGUUGAUUCUUCAUAU